CUCAAACACGUGUCGCUUUCCUCUCGAGCAGCGCGUGUUGUGACCAACAGAAGCUCCGAGCGAACGAGUCGAGUUAUCGAUUCAUAUUAAUUCAGAAAUGACGAAGACGAAGAAGGAGAAGGUGUCUGCGGACGUAGAGGAGGCCGCGGUGGCCGACGGGAACGAGAAGUCGUACCACGAGCUGAUCGCUCACGUGAACCCCAUCGCUCAGCCGCUGGCCUCCAAGAAGCUCAGCAAGAAGCUCUACAAGUGCGUGAAGAAGGCUUCCAAAGUGAAGAACAUCCGCAGAGGAGUGAAGGAAGUCCAGAAGUUCAUCAACAAGGGGGAGACGGGCAUCGUGGUGAUGGCCGGAGACACGCUGCCCAUAGACGUCUACUGUCACCUGCCCGUCAUGUGUGAGGACAGAAACCUGCCGUACGCCUACAUCCCGUCUAAAGGGGAUCUGGGUUCUUCUGCCGGCUCCAAGAGGCCGACCUGUGUGAUCCUGAUCAAACCUCACGAGGACUACCAGGACGCCUACGACGACUGCGUCGCCGAGGUGACCGGCCUCCCUAAACCUCUGUGAGACGUCAGCCAAUCGGUAAAGAAGAACCCGACGGACCAAUCAGGUGGCUGGAUUCAGACGUUUGGAGAACAAACUGUAAAUACUUCGUGGUUUUAAGACGUCCGACUGUAAAAUAACAGUUUGAUGAUUCAGCAGAAAAGAUUUAUUUUCUACAAAUGUUUUUUCUUUUUUGAUCUUUCGUUGUUUCUGUUAAAUGUGUCGAGUUUGAUUAAAGUAAUGUGAAGAGACUCUGGUGUCUGACGAGUCCUUAAUGAACCACAGUUCACUUAAACAUCACAAACUGUUUAUAAUGUUUAUAAAGAAGAAUAACAGAACAGUUCAUCCUUCAGCCACACGGGGGCAGUGUUGAGCCUCUGGUCCUGGUGUCCCCUCACAGAGGAUCUAAAUAUGAACUUCUACCUCUGACCACACGGGGGCAGUGUUGAGUCCUGCUGAAGUGACGUCACUAUGUUUGUUUAUUAGGAGGCUCAUCUUUAAAAACAUGAUCUGAUUAAAGUCUCCAGAAUCUCUGUUUGAAAAAGACUUCCUGUUCUUUUAUUUAUUGAUCUCACAGCUGGAGUUAUAACAUAUGAAGAUUAAAGUUUGUUUCAGUACUGAUACUUUUAAAUGUAGGAUUUCAAGGGCUUCUUUGUACAGGUUCUGGUUUCAGAGGUCCUUGGGGGGGUCUUUUAUGAGCAGAUGGUUCCAGGCCCAUUUAUACUCUCUGCAUGUCUACGAGGGUUCUAGGAGUCCUUAAGCUGGUCUCAGGAGUCUCAGGGGUUCCAUCACUCCUUAAAAGAGGAUGUGAAGUCCUUAAGUGGAAACCAAAACCUCUUGAAAGUCUCCAGGACUUCUUAGAGAGAAUUCAGAUUGUAUGAGGAGAAUCCCAGAGCUACUUAAGGGGGUUUUAAAGGGUCCUAAGGGUUCUAGAGGACCGUGAGGUGGAUUAAGGGUCUAUCAAUAAAUUCUAACAGUCCUUGAUGAGGUUCUAGAGGACCGUGAGGUGGAUUAGAGGUCUUUUAAAUUGUAAAAGUUGAUGCCAUGGUUCUAGUUAAGAGGGGUUUCAGAGGUGGUUUUCGGGCUUUAUUUAAUCUGAAGGUGCUUCGACCCGUACUUCAUGGUUGUACCCCUCUGGUUGGUCCAGGUUUGGUCCCUGGCCUGAGGAGAACCCCACCAUGGUGGUUUAUGGUUCAUUUCAUGAGGCUCAAGUAGCCUUUGAGGAGGUU